AUGGCUAGAGUAACACGAAAAGCUCUAGAUUUAGCCUUGGCAUCAAGCAAAGCUUUAAAACCUCCUAUUUCCAUUGCAUGGCAAUACGCGAAAACCGAAAUGGCACCACCAAUGACUUUGAAUUUUUUUCACGGAAAAGUGGGACAAAACUUGGAAGGAAUCGUUUCCAAGACGGUCGAUAGUUUUAUAAGUGGUUUGGAAAAGAAGCUAAGGGAUAUGGAUGCCGAAGAGAGAAGAAAAAUACAUGAGAAGGAGGCAUCUAUUAAAGCUGCUCAAGAAAAAGCAAAAUUGAAGGCGAUGGCUAAAGAGCAAGAGAGGAAAAAGAAUGAAGCGGAAAAAUUAAAGAAAAAAACUGGUACGGCCGAGAGCAAAGACGCAAAAAAAAGUGACAAGAAGCCUGAAAUGCAAGCUGGAAGUCAACAGGUUAAAAAGGUAGAAGCCAAACCUCAACAGCAACCUGCUAAAAAAGUCGAGACCAAUGUCAAAAUGACGGGAAAGCCUCAGCCUAAAGAAAGUAAAGAGAGUUCUAAAAACAAAGAUGCGAAACAAGCACCCAAGAAAUAG